AUGGGAAGUCAAAUAGAGGCCAGUAUGUUAUUUUUUCGAUCGGAGGCAGAUGUAGAAAGGAAUUGGUCUGAGAAGACCAAAAGGAGUGCAACUUUCAUCUGAUAAAUAUUUUUUUAAAAAUUCAUUCUAACAAAUUUAGUCUCCAAUAUUGUCAAGAAUAUUGAGGGUUCAGUAUUUGUGACUCAACCAGCUAAGUCUGUUGAAUCGUCUUUUUCGAAGUACUUGCCAAAUGCAGCUACGUUGAUAGACUCCAAUGAUCCAUAUAGUGUCAUAAAUAACUAUGCGGAGCAUAGGACAGAAGGGGAAGACGAACAGGACGAAAUAAUCACCGUUAUCACUAACGGUUCUACUAUUUUUAAAAACUUGCCAUUUUUGUCAUCGACAGCUUUCAAGACAAGUAAGAUUGUAUCACAUGUUGAAUUAGUGAAUUUUGAUUUUUCGAUUGUUUCUACGUUGAGAGACUUGAAUGUUCCUGUUUUAGUGUCACAGUCUACAAACGAGUCUGUUGUGCUUUCUAAAUUGAGUUACAAUUUAAGUCAAAGAUUUGGACAACCAGUUUUUCAUUUCUUUGCACCUUCUAACUAUCGUUCUGCUUUAAGCGAAAAAGUAGAUGGUAAGAUAAUCAUUGAUGAUUUAUCUAAGUAUGAGUUCAGUGAUCUUUUGACCAAGUUUGGUGUAUCGCCUUUUGAAGUCGUUGCAGGUAGUUCAAAGGCUAAACAUUCUAUUGUUUAUUUCGGUCAAUUAAAUGGUGAACUUAUUAGUGCUGCUACGAACGAGAAUAUUGUAUUAGUUUCAAUUAAGGUUUAUAAGCCUUUCGACUUACAAAAGUUAUUAACUAUAAUACCAUCAUCAGUUGAAACGAUUACAUUUGUUUGCCAGACUACCUCCCCAUCAACGUCGUUUGCUCCUUUAUUAUUAGAUUUCUUCCAAGAGUAUUCCAGGUAUCAAACUUUGAAGAAUUUCACAAAAGUGGCUGCUGCAUUCUUUGGCUACAUAAAGUCGGAAAAGUAUUCAGAAAUUAUAAGUAACCUUUUAUCGAACAUAAAAUCUGAAACUCCUGUUCAAAACUUGUCAUUUGGUAAAACUAAUACCGAAUUAGCCACUAAAGCUAGUAAGGAAAGACAUGGUGAAUCUCUUAAAGCUAUCAGCAAUGUCCAUAAUUUGGAACAAGCUUAUUUAAAGAUUUUACAGCAAGUCAACGCUGAUAGUUUGAAUAUUUUGAAUGAGUUCAAUGCCGAUAAUAUCGGGGUCGAAACUAAUCCUGAAUACGGUUAUGGUGCUUACUUGAACUACGAAGAACAACAAAAGCAAUUGACAGAUUUGGUUUAUGCAGCAAUUCAAGAGAAUUCAUUUAAAUCAAUUGACAAUGAAAAAUUGAUUGACAAUUUAUCUAAGUGGUUAAUUAACGUGAGAGAAAACAUUGAAACUACCAAUGGCUCAGUAUUAGAGACUAUAAAAUUAUUAGAAACUGACACUAAUUCUUCUAGUGCAGCAAAGAUUUUAGACUUGAAGGAAUAUUUCAAAGUGAACAAAAACUGGUUGAUAGGUUCGGACGCAUGGUCGUACGAUUUAGGAUCAUCAGGUGUCCACAAUUUAAUCACAUCGAAUAA